GACAAUGGCCAACUUCCAUGACGUUGGUUGACGCUGCUCCAGACGUCCACCAUCGCGCUCUCAACACCCCCAACGCCUCGCGGAACCGCCGCCACGACGGAGAUGAGAAGCCCGCGACCGCGUGAACGCUCGCCCGUCGCUGUCCCACGCUGAGCGACCUCCUAGCCGCCCGCGUAUACCCAUGCCAAUGGCGCCCGACGGCCCCAGCAACAUCCGUGUCUUCGUGCACUGGGCCGACCAGACCGUCUUUGCCGGAGAGGACGUCAAGUGCACCGUCACCUUCAAGAACGUCGCCCCGGACCAGAGCCAGCAGCAGCGGCAGCGGCAGCAUGCGCAGCAGCAGCAGCAGCAGCAGCAGCAAGGGACCGACAGGCACAGGAACGGCCGGGCCAAGGCCGCCGCGAGCCUCACUUCUCCGCCCCCCGCCAGCUCCGGCAGAGGGCACCGCCGGUCAGCGCUCUCGCUGAGCAUACCCGGGGCGGCUGCGCACAGUCGGUCGGGCUCGAUACAAUGGCCGCAUACGGCGAGCAGCGCCGAGUGGCGGACGGGCCACAACCAUAAGCGUUCCCUCUCCAUCGUCUCGAUUGGAUCCGCCAGCACCGUCGACGAUCAUGCCCAGCGGAACGAGAGCCACUCGAUGCCUCAGCGCCCGCGCCGGGGACACAACCGUGCUGCCAGUCUGCAGAUACUGCCUCGUGGCCAGCCGGUGCCGUCAGGCCCAAAUUCAGCAACGACGAGGCAAAAUAGUUCGCCCUUGUUCAAUGCAUCAUACCCCCCCGAUCGUUUCGGCCGACAGACAGGAGCAUCGACGGUGCCCACCACACCCCAUCCCGGAGGGCUUAGGCGAUCGCCGAGAACAUCCCCGAAUCUCAUGCCGGAAUUCCGAUUUCCUGCCACAUCACCGUCCGAAGCUGACCCUCAACAAAGCCCGCGGAAGCCCCCUGUUGAUGGUCUGUUGAAUCCCAAGAGCGGCGGUGGCGAUCACAACAACCUCGCUAUGCGACAAAAAGACCUACCCCUAAGUGCUAUAGACAGGCCUGCGGCGCGAAUCCUGUCGAGCACGAGCAUACCCGGAGGAACACCGCGUAGUAGCGGCGAGUUUUACUCCAUGAGCAACAAUUCAUCAGAGACGCUGGCAUCGGAAUACGUGGCGCACCCGCUCACCAGAGGGCACGGGAGGUCGCCGCAACUCCGGCGCAGCUUCGGUAUGAUCCAGCAGCAGUCACGAGCGCCGGAGUCGCUCAUGAUGGGCUAUGCCCAACUUCAAGGCUCCUUCAUGCUGGACGGCUCACUUGUCAGCCUGGGACCCUUCGAGCAAGUCAAGAAGAAGGCAGCGGUUGGCGGCAGAGGCGGCGGCGUGAUUGGCGUUGACUCGCAGAGGAGAGAGAGCGGACUGCUGCGUGGUUUUGGCUGGAGCAACAUUAGCAGCUCCCUGGGCGAUUUUCUGGGUGGUGGGGAGUUGAGCACUAUCAAGGAGAUGCGGGGAGUCGCAAACUCAAAGUCCGUGCCGCUCCUGAGCACGCCGCAGUCUAUCCUCUUCGUCGACCUCCAACUGGCUCCAGGCGAGAGCCGGUCUUUUGAGUACACGUUUAAGCUGCCAAAGGGCCUCCCGCCGACGCACAAGGGCAAGGCAGUCAAGAUCUCGUAUAGCCUUGUCAUUGGCACGCAGAGGGUCGGCGGCGCCAAGGAGCAGCAGGUUCGCUCAGUCGAGGUGCCAUUCCGUGUGCUGGGAAGCGUCAACAGCCACGGGGAGAUCUUGGGCCACGACUUGAUGAACCCAUACGUCUUGUUGCGGGACGAGGCCAUCGUAAAGACGCUUGGCAAAGGCAAAAAGUCACACGCUGACCGGGGGCCAUGCGACUCGCCGGCAACGAUGAACGAAUUCCUAACGUAUGUCGAUGAACUCCUUACGCGACCGCGAGACGAAGUUGGCGGCACAUUGUUAUCUCCGACCGAGAGCCUUGGUGGUGCAGGACGGCAGUCUUCAUUCGAGGAUACUACUAGCGCCAAGGAGGCCAUCCAUCUUGCCAUUAUGAGGAGCAACCAGGCUGGGGAAGGACAGCAGAGCCCCAACCGGUUCGAGAUUGCGCGAAACGGGCAGCGUGUCGGUGUUGUCAUGCUCACGAGACCGGCAUACCGGCUGGGCGAAGUGGUCACCAUGGCCAUUGACUUUACCGAUGCCGACAUACCAUGCUACGCAGUCCAUGCGACUCUGGAGACGUCGGAGAAAGUGGACCAGUCGCUCGCCCUGCGCUCCGAGUCGAGCAUCCACCGCGUCACAAGGAAGAUCUAUGUAGCAGCGUCGGAGGCCGCCCUCUACUCACGACGCGUCGUAUUCACGCCAACAAUCCCGAUAUCCGCAACGCCCGAGUUUGUCACGAGCGGCGUCAGCUUCGAGUGGUCGAUACGCGUCGAGUUUGUCGUUCCGUACCAGGGCCCGCAGGGGCCAGACACGGGCGAGCCGCGGACGGUGCACCCUCUUUUGGAGCAGAUCUCGCAAGACGAAAAGGGAGGGCUCGUGCUGGUUGCCAUGGAGAACCUGGCGUGCGAGAGCUUCGACGUAUCUGUGCCGCUGCGCGUCUACGGGGCCGUGGGUAGCGGGCUGGAGCGCCUUGAGCGGGAUGAGGCCGCCGAGGAAGGGCUGGUAGUGUGAAGAUUACGGGCGGGCGACGGAGUUGGGGGUUUAGCUGGCACAUAGAUAAUUGGAUACACGGCGCGGCUCGGAUGCCCGCUGAAAUACGCGUUCGCACAUGUAUAUGGACCUGAGCGUCCAUCGUGAAACACGGCGGCCAAGAUGUGGACAUGAAUUCGAACGCGACAAUGGCUUGUUCGAC